AUGCCACUACGCUUUCCUUUGGCUGCGGCCCCUCGUACGGUGCGCCUGCUGCGCGUCCCGCAAAUCCCGCGCCGAUUGAUUUUCUCGACCCGGUCCAGCCCAUCGAAACACUCGAGAAUCGGACCUAAGUCAAACAAUUUCCUCAUACAGUCGCAGCCCCAGCACCUUUUCUCUAGUUCCAGUCAAAGAUGUAGCACAAACACUGUUGUACGAGUGCCAGCCAUGGCCGAGUCGAUUACUGAGGGGACCCUCGUCCAGCUCACCAAGCAAAUCGGGGACUAUGUGGAACAGGAUGAAGAGCUUGCCACUAUCGAAACUGACAAAAUUGAUGUUGCGGUUAAUGCACCCCACUCUGGGGUUAUACAACGGCUACUCGCGAGCGAGGGGGAUACCGUCACCGUGGACCAGAGCAUCGUGGAACUCCAGCGAGCAGAUAGCACAUCCUCGGAAAAGAGUUCAUCUACCGAAAAGCAAGAAUGCGAUUCAGAAAUAGCGAAGAGAGAAAGGGAAACAGCAACAGAACCGGUAGCGUCUUCGCCGGUAGAAUCUACGGAAAACCGUCCAUCAAGUACGCACACGGCGAAGGGAAGUCGGCCAAUUCAAGAUGCUGUUCAGGAGGAGCCUGGGUCCGGAGCUAAGCACGAGCGUGGAGAGACUCGAAUCAAAAUGACUCGAAUUCGAAAGAAGACGGCUGAACAUCUGAAACAAUCUCAGAAUACUGCAGCAUUUUUGACGACAUUCAACGAAGUGGAUAUGUCUAAACUGAUGGACUUCCGAAAAAUGAACAAAGAUUCGGUUCUGAAACAACAUGGUAUCAAGCUAGGGUAUAUGGGUGCAAUGGCUCGGGCAUCGGCUCUGGCUCUCGGAGAAAUUCCAGCUGUCAAUGCAGCCAUCGAGGAUGGUGAUACUAUCGUGUAUCGUGGUUACGUGGAUCUCAGUGUUGCCGCCGCGAUUCCGAAGGGUCUUGUUACUCCCGUUCUUCGCAACAUUGAGUCAAUGGGCCUAGUUGAGAUUGAAAAGAAUAUCUCGAAGCUAGUGGCAAAGGCUCGAGAUGGAAAGCUCACUAUGGAUGAUCUGACAGGUGGCAGCUUUACCAUUAGCAACAGUGGAGUCUGGGGCUCUUUGUUUGGCACACCGAUUAUCAAUAUGCCCCAGACGGCGGUUCUUGGGGUGUAUGGCAUACAAGAUCGGCCAGUAUCUGUGAAUAAUCAAGUCGAAAUUCGACCGAUGAUGUACAUUGCACUAACAUAUGAUCACCGGAUUAUUGAUGGUAGGGAGGCCGUGAAGUUUCUGACUCUCGUUAAAGGAUAUCUCGAAGACCCGAAUACCAUGUUGCUUCAAUAA